UUUUUUUUCUUUGUGCAAACAACAUGGUGCGCUUGUCGUUCGAGUUUCUGCGCGCGAGUGGAUCGACGCAUCCAGGCAUCACGCUGCAGGCCGUCACGUCGCUCAAGCCAAACUUCAUGGUCAAAAACAACGAACCAACGUCCUUCUUGCUGCACCAAGUCGCAUUCACCAAGUGGGAGGACGAAUCCGCAUCGACAUUCAUCUACGAUCCGCAGCAAUUGAAACUGCACAACAUGACACAACCAGACGGCGUGCCGUCCAUUUUCGAAGGCAGCCCGACAUCGCUGCAGCUGUCCUUUCGCAUUCCGCACCGCACCAUUCACGGGUUUUGCAUUGUGACUGCCGAUAAGAAGAGCCAUAUUGCGGGCUUGAUCAAGAGCGCCGCCCAGGGCAAGGAAGAUGCUCUCGCUCGUUUCAUCAACCUGGGCGAUUUGGAGGGCCGGACUGCGCCGUAUGUGGUGGAGAUGCGCAACAAGUGUUCCGUGGCAUCGAUUCAGCGCGUUGACGCUUCGUCCAGCUCCGCUCCCGCAUCCUUUCCCGUCCAAACGUCGUUUGUUGCCGCAGCAAACCAUGCCGCAGCUGCAGCGGUGACGAUGACCAACGGCUCUGUCGACGCUGUGACGGGCGACACCUCCAAGCGCCACGCCUCCUUCAUGUCCAACGGCUCCAGCUCGUCAUCCUUGUCCUUUGACCAGAACGAAACCGAGUCCGACAGCAACGUUGUUGAAUUGGAGCGAAACGAGCAUGGCGAGCUCGAACCCGUCAUGUGCAACAUUUCCAUGCUGUUGCCACCCAAGCUCCUGCGUGAGUACCAAAAGACGCACCUGCUGCAAAUCCAGCGUACUCUCUACUUUGUCGAAGAGUCCACAGGCAUCGUCCUGGGCAAGCUGCGCAUUUGUCUCGGUAUUGGAACGCGCCCAAAGGCUGGAGCUCCUGCUGUUGUCCAAGAGAAGGUGUCAGCCCCUUGCGUGACAUCCAUUUUGCGGCGUCCAGCCAUGUGUGCAGCGGCAAAGGCUCGUCGCGACCUCUACCUCAAAGCGGCGCAAUCAGAGCACGUGUCGUUGUCGCCGGCGCCCACCAACCCCGCCGGCAAAAAGUCGUCCUCCUCCACGCCGACGACCCCGAGUACCACCACCACCACCACCACCACCACCACUACCACUACUACUACAAGCCGCACUGCCUCUUCUUCUUCCUCGUCCAUGCCCUCGUCCGCAUCUGGCUCGUCGCUGAGCCUCGCUUCCUCAGAAACCGAGUCUCGCCGCUCGCUGACUCUGAGUUCCCAAGUUGAAGCGCUCGAGGCGAUCGCCAAUUCGUCAACCGUGGAGCCUUGGAAGGCUCAUCUCGCUGGCCAAGUCGCGCAGCGCAAUCUCGUUCAAAUGACCUUUUUUGCGUCGCUGGUCAACUCGCAGCAGCGUCUGCUUGAGCGCACCCGCCAACUUCUUGUUACUCGCCAUGGCAACGCCCUACUUUCACGAGUGGCUCAGGAGGGCAAGGGUGCUGCCGGCGCGGCAAUGUUGCGCCGAGCAAUCCGUCUUCACGCGAACAACGGCACGGCAGCCGAUCCGCAGAGCCCGACCGAUUCUCCCCGGGAUCUCCGGACGUUUGAUUCGUUCGACAACGAGGAUGCCAUCCACCAGAUGCUAAGCGGCGCUUUGGCUGAUGUUGACACUGACAGUGAUGAGGAGGACGACCGCGCAGACACUGCCACGCUUUUCGACGACGUGACAUACGACGACGAAGCUCGUCGCCUUUCCUUCUCCGUCCACUCGCCAGAGGCGCAGAGCAGCGACUUUGCGCCCUCCCACCCAUCUGCUGCUCGCACCGGCAGCGGUGCUUCAUGGAAGUCGUCCAACGGUGGUAAGAAUUCUCGGGCCAGCAGCUGGCGCAACGGGUCGUCGCGAUCCUCGUCGAUGGGCUCGUCGCAUGGCUCGUCCAUGGACUCGACUCGCUCGUCCUCCAGCGCAGAGACCACUCCGCUUCCUGUUGUCAACGACAGCUGUCCCCUCUUCCCCGACCUCACGCUGGCAUCCUUCUACCCGAUCGUCGAGGCCGCCCAACGCCUGCAAGCCACGCACCCGGCCAACUACGUCGAGGCGUUCGAUGGCAUCCGUCUUGCCUAUCGGUAUUUCCCCGCCGCCCCAACGUCGCGGCAAACAGCCACUGUGCUUUUUGUCGUCGGCUUGGGAUUCAACAGCUACCACCGUAUGGUCGUUGCCGAGCAGCUGAGCAAAGCCGGAGUCAACACCUACUUGAUGGACAGUCGCGGUAACGGCAUGAGCGGCGGUCCGCGAGGUGACGCGCCCUCGUCCACCGCCAUCUGGAAGGACAUCCGCACCCUUGUCCGCAUGAUUCGCUGGAACGCGACUGCGACUCUCCCGCUGAUCCUGGUCGGCCAUGGUAUUGGUGGCAAUAUUGUGCUCAACUACGCCAACUGGGACAAGCGCGAGCGUGUGGAUGGCUACGCUUUUGUGUCGCCCUUCCUUGUCAAGGCCAUGACACCGAACGCCCAAAAGUAUCUCAAUGUGUUUUCGGGCCGAAUGUCAGCGCGUGCCUUCAGUUCCAUGAUUCAGCCGCUCGGCCAUCGCGUCUCGUUCCAGGCACACAAGCUGAGCAAGUUGGACACGAGCGACAUGACCCUGCCAGAGUCGACGACGUCAGUGACCGACGAGUCCAUCGAACGGCAGCGCAUGAAGCGGUCGAGCCAAGACUCUGGCUACUCGUCGUCGAAUGACGACGUUGCCGACGUGGUCUCGCGAGCCUUCUUCCAAGAUGCUCUCAACCCGUCUGCGUUGGUGACUUCCCUCACUUCCAACGCCGUUCAGUCUGCUGUCAUGCACGAUGGUCGCAAAGCCCUGGCGAAUGUGGACAAGCCCUUCUCCAUGUGGGUUGGUUCCCAAGACGAGGUCCUUGUUCCGUCUCUGCUGCAAGAGUUUGUGUCGACCAGCGCGCGCGUCUCCAACAAGACCUUCAAUGUCAUUCCCGGCGCUACCCUUAACUCGAUUCUGUAUGACAUUGGAAAGUCACUUGCUGGCUGGAUCCGCACACAGUACGACAACUGGGAUCGGCGCGAGAUUCAGCGGUUGUAAAAUUUGGUUUUUUAGCAUCCUCUUUUUUUUUUUUUUUUUGGUGCUAUGGCCUGGUUCUGUACCCUAUCUCCUGCGUUAUGUUAUGUCUUUUUGAUUUUUGAACGACAUCAGAACCAUGUGUGAUUCACUCACAAAAACAAAAAAAAUCAAGCAAAACAACACAAAAACUUAAAAAGAAUAAAAACACAACUUCUAUUUUAC